CCGUAGCGAACACGAAAAUGGACAGCGGUGUGUUUUGUACGUCAAACAAUUCUGGUGAAACAGAGAAAAGACUUUGUGAUAAUAAUUCUUCAGUUGAGGCAGACAAUGUGCUGGAGGACGCCUUUGGUGAGCUGACUGUCCUCCCUGUAGAGACCGAGGACAGAAGACCAACGUGUUUAAGAUGCCGUCGUCCUGAGAAGGUCUGUCUCUGUCCCUUUCUUCCACAACAACCCCUUGAUGUGUCCACGUGUUUAUAUAUUGUGCAGCACCCUAAUGAAGAAAGCAGAGUUCUUCGCACUGUGCCUCUUCUUGCUGCAUGUUUGCCUCAGGAUAAGUGUAAUGUGAUUGUGGGAAGAAGAUUCAGUGAGGAAAGAUAUCCAGAUCUGGCUACAGUUUGUCAAGACAGCAAAACACUAAUCCUGUACCCGGGACCAAAUGCUCAGAAUCUGGAGGAAUUUGAUGAAGAGAAGCUUAAUACAAAACAUAAUGUUAUUCUCAUUGAUGGUACUUGGAGCCAGGCCAAAAACAUGUUCCUCAAAAAUCCUAUGUUCCAUUUGCCCAAACAGAUACAGCUCAACAGAGUUCUCUCAAGUCAGUACGUUAUUCGGACUCAACCGUCUAAUAUUUGUCUCUCUACACUGGAAUGUGCUGCUGUCACUUUGUCUAUCCUUGAACGGAACGAUAAUAUUCAAGAGGUCCUGUUGAGGCCAUUACGAGCCCUCUGUUCUUUUCAGUUGCAACACGGUGCUCAGAUUCAUCACAGUAAGGAACAUCUUCUUAAGACUGGCAUGUAUGACAAACCAAUGCCCAAGAACAAACGCAAGAUAAAACGCAUGGAAAAACUUGUCAAUGAUCGUCAUAUUUGCCCCAGAUGACACAAGAGUCAAGAACGUCAUACUCAUUCAAUUAAUAUAUAUUUUUUUAAGUUAAGUUUUCCUUUUUAUUGUGUUGAUUUCAUUUUACAGAAACAUGACGAAUAAACAAGAACCCACUAAGGGUGUAUAUGUGUAUCAGGUUUUAUAUUUAUUAUAAUAAACGGUGCCUUUUUUAUGAUGUAAUCCAGUCACCAAAGAAAUACAUCUGAGUUCUUUAAAAAUCAAACAAAUAGGUAGGGUUGGACUGUGGAGUGAAAUGUAUGAAGCACAUGGGGCUGGUUCAAUGUGAAGAGUUUGAAUGAUAAAACUAUGUGUCUAUGUCUACUUGGUUUAUUACGCGAAAUAAACUUAAGAUAUUGAAUAGUAGG